GCAGGUGGGAUUGAGUAGUAACCAUUUAGCCACCAAGGUUUAAUAACUCAAUGGAAAGUGUCAAGACCCUCCCUUCAUAGCAUCACCAUCACCAUCACCAUCAGUGAGAAGGACUACAGGAGGGUGUGUGUCUGUCUCUGUAAGAUUGUGAUUGUGAAUCGAAGAGAAGAAUGCCAGGAGUGAAAGGACCUUCAGAUUACUUGCAAGAACCACCUCGUCACCCUUCCCUCCAAAUCAAUUCCAAGUAUCCUUUCAAUGCCGAACCACCUCGUUCGGCCUUGGUUUCUUCUUAUGUGACGCCUGUGGAUUUGUUCUACAAGAGAAAUCAUGGUCCCAUUCCAGUUGUUGAUGACAUAGAAAGAUACUCUGUUUUGAUUCGUGGUUUGAUCGACAACCCUAGAGAACUGUUCAUGAGAGAUAUCAAGAUGCUUCCAAAAUAUAAUGUCACUGCCACCUUACAGUGUGCUGGAAACAGAAGGACUGCCAUGAGCAAAGUCAAAACAGUGAAAGGGGUGGGCUGGGAUGUUUCUGCUAUUGGAAAUGGUGUCUGGGGUGGUGCCAAAUUGGCUGAUGUUCUUGAACUUGUUGGGAUAUCUAAGUUGACAAGUACCACUAAAUCAGGUGGAAAACAUGUUGAAUUUGUAAGCAUUGAUAAGUGUAAGGAGGAGAAUGGAGGCCCAUACAAGGCAUCAAUUCCGCUCAGUCAGGCUACAAACCCUGAAGCUGAUGUUUUGGUUGCUUAUGAGAUGAAUGGAGAGCCUCUAAACAGGGAUCAUGGUUAUCCAUUGCGAGUGGUUGUACCAGGUGUUAUAGGUGCCCGAUCUGUCAAAUGGUUGGAUUGUAUCAACAUCAUUGCAGAAGAAUCCCAGGGAUUCUUUAUGCAAAAGGACUAUAAAAUGUUUCCUCCUUCAGUGAAUUGGGACAACAUCAAUUGGUCUACAAGGAGGCCACAAAUGGAUUUUCCUGUUCAGAGUGCAAUUUGUUCAUUAGAGGAUGUCACUGCAAUAAAGCCUGGGAAGGUUAAAGUCAGUGGAUAUGCAGCAUCUGGAGGUGGCCGUGGAAUUGAUAGAGUAGAUGUGUCUGUUGAUGGUGGCAAAACCUGGGUGGAAGCCUCCAGGUACCAGAAGCCUGGCGUCCAAUACAUCUCAGAUGAUAUGAACAGUGACAAAUGGGCCUGGGUUCUUUUUGAUGUGACAGUUGAUGCUCCACAGAGCACAGAGAUAGUUGUUAAAGCAGUGGACUCGGCAGCAAAUGUCCAGCCUGAAAAUGUGCAGGAGAUUUGGAAUUUGAGAGGGAUACUCAACACUUCAUGGCACCGGGUUCAGGUCCGAGUUGGUCACUCAAAUAUGUAAAAACCAAAAUGAAUUGGUUUUGUUUCCUGGAUGGUACGUGAAAGAAUAAUGCCCCCAAGCUUAAUGGCACUAUUUACUGUGUUAAAACUUUCCAUCAAGCAAGUGCUGUACAUGUAUGUUAUUUCCUAAGUUCCUUGUAGUUAAGCUCCGUUUGGCUUUGUAUGGGCAAUGAAACUGAUUUCUGAGACGGGUUUCAUUAGAUUUUAAAAUGUCAAACUAAAUAAGAUUUUUGCA